GUCACUGGGCGCCACAAAGAUGGCGGAGUCGGAGGAGGAGGUGGACGUCCUGGUCCAGAGAGUUGUCAAAGACAUCACCAACGCCUUCAAGAGAAACCCCAACAUUGAUGAGAUCGGUGUGAUCCCGUGUCCGGAGGCCCGUUACAACCGCAGUCCCAUCGUGCUGGUGGAGAACAAGCUCGGCGUCGAGAGCUGGUGCGUCAAGUUCCUGCUGCCAUAUGUCCACAACAAGCUGCUGCUCUACCGCCAGCGCAAGCACUGGUUGGACAGGGAAGCUUUAGCGGAUAUCACCUGCACUCUGUUGCUGCUGAACCCGGACUUCACCACCGCAUGGAAUGUCAGGAAGGAGCUGCUGCAGUGCGGAGCUCUCAACCCGGAGAAGGACCUCUACCUGGGCCAGCUGGCCCUCACCAAAUUCCCCAAGAGCCCGGAGACGUGGAUACACCGACGCUGGGUGCUGCAGCAGAUCCUGCGUCAGCUCCCGGCUGUGGGCCGCAGCCGGAAGCAUCAGCAGGGCCAAGCAGAGCAGGCCGAUGGCGAGCAGAGCCAGAGGCUCAGUGACCAUCUGGCCAGGACGCUCCAUCAAGAGAUGAAGGUGUGCUCAGACGCAGCCUGCCGCUACCCCAGCAACUACAACGCCUGGUCCCAUCGCAUCUGGGUGCUGCAGCACAUGGCCAAGGGCAACGUCAAGGUUUUCCACGAUGAGCUGUCCUCUAUGCGCCUUUGGGUGGCCAUGCACGUGUCUGACCACAGUGGCUUCCACUAUCGCCAGUUCCUCCUCGAGGAGCUGAUCGCUGAGCUCUCCCAGACUCCAGCCUCCACCACCACCACCACCACCACCACUACCACCACCGCCAGUUCACCACAGCACCGGUGCAGCACAGUCUCCAGCAGCAGUCCCCCACAUCACGGCCAUGACCAGGCUAAUGGGGAACUGUCGGGAGCGGAGGGAGUGGGUGAGGAGGAGAGGCAGCUCAGCUCCCCCUCGGUCCUUCAACUCUUGCACCAGGAGGUGGAGCUGUGCUCGGACCUGAUCCAGUCCUUCCCGGGUCACGAGACACUUUGGAGUCACAGGCGGCACGUCUACUACCUUUGGCACCACUGGAGGAGGGACCACCAGCACCACUGCAGCAGCAACGGAGGCGGCGAGCCGGACCGCCUAAACAAUGGAGACCCAGUCCCAUCGAAGGCCGGCCCACAAAGCUCUGCAGGCAGGGAGGAGGGGAGUGUGAAUGGACAGAGGCACGCCGGCGAAGCUAUGGAGGUGGACGGGGCGUCCCUGCCGGACCCGCGCGACAGCAAGCGACUGAAGCGGGGCUUGCUGGAGCCCAGCCCCGCCCUGCCCUCCGAGCACAGCUUCGUAAGCGGGAUCCUGGACGGCUGCUGUAACCCCGAGCAGAGACGCUUCGCCCAGGCGUACAAGAAGUGGUUAGACACUGUCAUUAGUCAGCAGCCUUGAGAUAGAUAGAUAGAUAGAUAGAGAGAGAGAGAGAGAGAGAGAUAGAGAUAGAGAUAGAACAGCUAGCCCCGUCAGUCUUUCUCAACAUUGGAAGUUGCCUUUAGACACAGAUUUUGGAUCAGCUUAACUACCUGUAUCGCUGACUUGAACUCAUAGUGCUUCGGAUGCGGUGCUGACUUUAGAAACCAGUCAAUGGGGCAGCGUGGUUCCUGUCCCCAUUCUCCUGGUAGUGAGUAGAGAGGACGGGGUCCUUGAGAGUAAGGAUGUUUUUUGGCGACACCCGGUCUGUUGUCUUCCUCGGAAACAUCUGGAUUAUCUGGAGCUUCAUCUGAG